AUGACAAUUACCAAGUCUAAAGAGUCUAAAGACUUGAGCUCAGUACCUAAGCCUUAUGUGCCAACGGAGGAGGAAAGGCGGCUCCUCAAGGAAUGUAGCGAAGAGAGUUCCCGGUAUAGAGCUUUUCCUUUGGCCGCAGCGAGCAUGCUUGCCACUAGUCUCUUAAUUAGGAAAGGUAUUCUAAGAGAUAAUUCAAGAUUUGGCUCUCUUAUUAAAGUUGCAUUUGCUGGGACGUGUGGAUACAUGGCUGGAAAGAUAUCCUACUUGCCAAUCUGUAGCGAGAAAUUUAAGAGGCUGAAGGAUUCCCCAAUAGGCGAUGUUCUGCGGCAAGCUCAGAGACACAGUUCGCACAACCGUUCCAGUCGGAAAUCUGAAUUUUCAGACAUGCCUUCUCAGGCAUUUACUGAAUCUUCUUCUCAGAGACCUGGGUCUCCACUUGCCUCUAGCUAUUCAGAUGAUUAUAGCUCAACAGAUAGAGCUCUCUCUAGUUAUGAACCUGUUCCGUUCAGUGCUUCCCUGAAUGAAUCUUCACCUACAGGAAUUACUGAUUACACUGUACAAGAGCCUGCUCCAAUUGCAGAAGAAGGUCGUAAGAAAAAAGGCAUCUCGUAUGAGGAAUUAAGAAAUAAACACAGAGAGACAUAUGAGGUAAUGUCACCACCAAAGGCAGAAACGCCAAACAAGUUUUCACAGGAAAGGCCAGCUAAAGAAGUUAAAGUCAAUAAAUAUGGCGAUACCUGGGAUGAGUAAGAACUGAACAGAGAAGCUGAUGGAAGAUAAUUUUCUUCAGU